CUGAGCAACUCUGUUUUACAGGAGCUUUUGAAGAUAUCGGAAGAAGAGUUCGGUCUCCCGAGAGAAGGACCGAUCACAUUGCCAUUUGAUUCGGGUUUUUUGGAGUAUCUAAUCAAACUGAUCGAACGGCGAAUGGAUGAAGAUACAGAAAAGGCUCUGUUAAUGUCGAUUUCUUGUGCUACAAGCUAUUUACAUUGUUCUUUGAAACAACAGAGUAGUACUACUACUCAACAAUUUGCUCUUUUCAACAACAAGAACAGCAGAGUUGUACUACUCAACAAUUACUUAUGUAUACCCACAUGGUCAUGUCUUUUCAGCAGAUGUUUUGAUCCACAAGUUGAUGAGCAGUCAAGAGGACUGGUUACUAACUUUGGGACCCUUUAUGAUCAGAUACAACAAAGACAGAAGCAUGUGUUAUGUCUGGUUUAA